UUUUUCRGGCUCGAUCAGCAAAGCAACCUCAUCAGUAGGUUUUUCCUUCAGUCUCCUAUUAAGAAGAGCCAUUUUGGAUCAAACAAAUUCACAAUCUCGAGUAGAAAACACGAAGUUGAAAAGUUACUUCUUCCGAAACCUCACUUUAUUUGUCCUGACAAUUUUGGAAUGAACCACAUGACUGGCGUUACCAUGGCUUUUAUUUAUGGUAAACUGUGCCAAAUAAGGUUAUCUACGUCAAACUAACUUUAUAAAUAUUCAUAAAUCAUUGCGUUAUGCAUGACAUGUCACACAUUGCUAUCGAAUUCCAAUAUUUGGUAGUAAAUUUCAGUAGUAUAUGUAAACACACUUUCUUUCGAUGCCUUCGUGAAGUCUACUGAAGGAAAAUAGUACAAAAAUGGCCCUGAAGUUUUCUUCAAGCUUGAGCUUUAUGUUUCAAGAGUACGAAAAUCUGACAGAUAGAUAUUUCGCCGCAAAAAGGGCAGGUUUUACAGCUGUUGAAGUUGGUGAUCCKUAUGCCAUACCCAUCGAUGAACUAGUUCAAGCAAGAGAAGAAGCUGGAGUUGAGCAAGUUUUAAUCAAUGCAUUUAAAGGGGACACAGCAGGGUUAGCAGCYGUGCCAGGGAAAGAGGAGGAUUACAAACAAUGUCUUGAGCUGUCAAUCAAAUAUGCGGAGGCCCUGAGGUGUAAAAGGAUUCAUCCUCCAUGUGGAGCAAUGACCGACGAAGAGGCCAAACAUGAAAAUGUCAAAGAACUUUGGGAAAAAACAUAUAUUAAGAAUCUAAAAUAUUCAGCACAAAGACUUCAAGAGGCUGGGAUUAUGCUGCUAAUAGAACCUGUGACAACAAUCCCAAAUUGUUUUCUAUCUCAAACAAAACAAGCAAUUGAUAUAAUAAAGAAAGUUGAUCAUGAAAAUGUUAAACUUAUGCUGGACUUAUUUCAUGCACAGAGAGGUCAUGGCAAUCUUACACAAACAAUACAAGAUUAUAUGCCAUAUAUUGGUCAUAUUCAAAUAAGUCAAGUUCCAAAUCGAUGUGAACCUGAUUCUGAUGGUGAAAUAAACUACCCUUACAUUUUCCAUCAAAUUGCUAAACUUGGUUACCAGGGUUGGAUAGGUUGUGAAUAUACUCCAAGAGGAAAAACUGAAGAUGGUCUUGGCUGGUUAAUACCUUACCAAGUCCCAUCAAAAUCUCUUGUUGAURCCUAAACCACAUAUCUGGACAUUACAAAAGAAAACUAUGUUUUGAUGAUGGGCUUCCUGUGUUGUAAAAACAACAGGACACCCAAACCAUAAGACAUACCAUGCCAGUCACAGAACACAGAACGAAAAAAAAAAGAAACAUUUCAAGAGUAAAUUUCGUUUAUUUUUAUUUAAAUUGUAAACAUUUAAAGGAACAAAAUCUAGCAAAUUUUAUUAGUAAAUAUUAAUG